UUCCCACCCGGUGUAGCCGUUAGCUUGGCGCUACUUUCUGCAGCUUCAUGUUCCUGAAUGCUUUAGCGGCGGAAAGCAAAAGGAAAACUGAGAUGCAAGAACUAUAACACUUCAAGUUGGCUAUAGAAGGGGAAAAGACAGCGACAGAAACAUUACCCCAGUUGGAGAAAUAAAAGGAAAAGCUGAGUGAGAAGAGGAGCCAGUAGGAGAAGGGAAGAAGAGAGUAACAGAGCAGCCAUGGACCAUCAGCGGCAGAGAACGCUGUCCACUUCAGGAGAAUCACUGUAUGCUGUGCUCGGAGUCGACAAGAAUGCCACAACAGAGGACAUAAAGAAAUGUUACAGAAAACUGGCGCUGAAGUUUCACCCAGACAAAAACCCAGAUAACCCGGACGCAGCUGAAAAGUUUAAAGAAAUAAACAAUGCUCACUCCAUCCUGGUGGACCCCACCAAGAAGAACAUCUACGACAAGUACGGAUCCUUGGGUCUCUAUGUGGCCGAGCAGUUCGGAGAGGAGAACGUCAACACCUACUUUGUUUUGUCCAGCUGGUGGGCCAAGGCUUUGUUCGCCUUCUGCUGCCUGGCGACAGGUUGCUACUGCUGCUGUUGCCUGUGCUGCUGCUGUAACUGCUGCUGUGGUAAAUGUAAACCUCGGCCGCCGAUGGACGGGGACCCUGAAUUCUACGUGUCCCCCGAGGACCUGGAAGCCCAGAUGACUGCUGAGGAAAGAGAUGGCAGCGAUCCCAUCAUGGUUCAGCCGUCAUCAGCCACAGAAACUACCCAGCUCACCUCUGAUGCACAUCACAGCUACAAGACCGACUCAUACUAGACACGCUUACAGAAACACACACACACACCUCACAAGGCAAGAAGAGGCUGCUAGGGCUGAGAGGUACAUCCACUUUAGUUUAUCCUGAAUAAUUUAGACAAACACGACUUAAAGAGGAUUAUUACAGGUGGAUGCAUUAGAUUUAGAGCAAUAACUUAACCCACAUGUCACAGGAACCAGUCGUAGCACG